AUGGAUCAAAAGGCCCAGAAAUCUUCUCUUCGGAAAGAUUCUGAUAAGUCAGAAAAACGUACUAAGAGUAUAAGAAGUUUGAAAACAAUCUCCCGUCUAGAUUCCAAAGAGGAACAUUUUAAGCCAAAAGAGGAGCGGAAGUCAAUUGCAAAAACAGAAAUCUCUAAAACAGAUGAGGCGUCCGAUGUUUUGGAUGGUAAUGCUCAUAGAAGAAGGACAAUAUCUAAAGAAAACGGUAAUGAUGAUUACACUGAACAUCGGCUUUCAAAGCUAAGACACUCAAGAAUGGAUAUCGAACGGCAAAGUACAGCAUCGAGGAAGAAAGGUGGGCCGAAAUCAGUAGCAGCACACAGCACCGCCUCUAUGAUAUCUUCAGGUUCCGCUGUAUCCCUGGAUCUGGAUGUGGUAACGCUGAUGGUGCCGGAGACAGCUCAGAAAAUUGCUCACUGUCAGAUCGGCAAGGACUUGUUUGUGGAUAAAACUUGGUGCAUGGUGAAGAAGAAGGAUUUGUUGGAGGAUAUUGCCAUUGAAGAUGCUAAUUCUCCGUUCUUUCACUUAACGCAGAAACUCUUGGAGUACAAGUCAGAUGAACUCCUAAUAGGCUAUGAGCCGUUUGCGUCAGAGCCGAACCAAUUCAUGCUCUGCGUGACGGAGACUGGUCGAGACGAGGUGUUGGCUAAACUGGAGGAGAUGAAGACAUCCUACCUUCAGCGUAUCCAACAGAGCAAGGAAGUCAAGCCUAGAAAGUGGAACUCCCUUGGAAGUGAAGAGUUUGUUGAUCAUUUCCAGAUAAAAAACACAAGAAAGCUGAUUAGCCUGGAAUGGAUCGGCGACAUCAGAAAACGUAUAGAAAAGCCUCCGAUAUUUGAAGACUGUGACCCGGACGACAUGAAGAAUGGAUACACCUGCCUGGUGCCCUCUGAUAAGGAGAAGUUUGAGCUUGUCUACAGGAAAACUCAGGAAACUGGAGUUCAGGCUGUGGCAUAUCAAGCAGAAGCAGAGGUACAGACAGAGCCAGAAAUUCCGACCAACGCCAGCACUCAGUAUGCACCAGAAACUGAAAUAUCACUUCCUGACACGGCGGUCACUCAAGCCUCCAUCAAGUCCCAGGACUUGGAUGAGUUCUUCAAAAAGUAUAAGGACUAUUUGAUAGAAUGCCUUGAGUACAACGAGGUGUAUGACUUAUACCAUGACGACUACCCAGCGCUGUACGUGGCCGGAGAGCAGACACAGGUACAACAACUCGGCACGUACCAUCAGUAUCAGAGCUUCACGGAUGUGGCUGCCAUACAGGGGAAACUGGUCGUGAGCAGCUGUUGGCAUCCGAACUACACAGGGAUUGUGGCGAUUGCCUAUGCCAACGAGAUACCUUGCCUCAUGAAGGAGUUGGAGUUUGACAGCGACCAGACUGACUACGAGGAGGAGAAGACUGACGGGGAAGAGGAGGGGGGAGAAGAACCGGAGUUGGGAGCCGGCGCGCGUGAUUGGCUCCUGGAGGAACGGAGGGAGAAAGAGAGCACAGGGGAAAACACGGAACUGUUUGAAAAAGCUGUCCGGAGACUUAAGGAUAUUGAGGCAGCAAAGGGUGUUUGGGAUGCCAAAAUUCAAGAGGAGACUGAGGAAGUUCGGAAAUCCAUGGACGAUACGCAAGAAACAGAUUUGUUUGCCAAUUUGCUAAAAUACAGAGAAUACAAGGAACCUGAACCAGAGCCUGACGAUAGUGCAACUUCACGGAAAUCGGACGAGCAUGGUGAGGUUGAGGAGGGGAAAGGGGGAGAAGGAGAAGAAGGUAACGAGGGUGGAGAAGAAGAAGGUACACAGCAAGUGUCCGAAGAGGAAGUGUCACCGAAGUCUAGCAGGAUGACAUUUCGACAGCAACUAGAGGCUGAUAUUGAGGAAAGCUAUGAGGGACAACAUGUUACCUCAGAAGUUUCUUCAGCAUCUGGCGCGGAUGAUUUCUUCAUCCCAGCAAGUGAGAGCUCGACAACGAGAACAAACGCGGCUCACGCGACAGUACUGUCACGGCAACCUUCUCUUCCUUUGAGGAUAUCAAGAAACACUAUAGGGUCUAUAUCUUCUACCCGUAAACAAGCGCAUCAUCGCAAGAAACAGAGACAGCACACUGCCACAGGCAGGACCCAGUCUGGGAGAGAAAUAGAAAGCUCAACUCCUAAAUCUUCUGUGGAUUCUUCAUCCAUGGAAUCAAAAAUUUUGGAGACAGGUAAAGAGAAAGAUCCCUACCCAGAUUCGGAGUUCUUUGAUGAAGUAACUGAUGAAGAAGAGAUCAAAGAGAAACAGGAUGAACUUCCUCUUCUUGAGGUUAACAAUCCUGUCCUGAUUUGGAGCUUUGUGGAUGACUUGACUCCAAAGCUACGUCUGGACAGUCCAUACGAAGUGAGAGUCGUAUCGUUUAGCAAACACAACGGGAACUUGAUUGCCGGAGGGACGUCCAGUGGUCAAGUAGUCCUGUGGGAUAUAACGGGACGCAUCGAGGAGCUGGAGAAACCCGAGAGUCUGACACAGAACCAGCAAAUGUUCCGGAAGAGGAUGGAAGACUUGAUGAGUUGGAGACGAGAUGUGCGUUCCAAGAGAAGAGUUCGUUUCACAGCCAUCAGCAGUCAAAAUGAUUCCCACUUGGAGAAGAUUUCCGACCUAGCUUGGGUCACCCCCACCACUGUGGUUACAGAUAAUUUGGAAAUUUUAAAGAACCCAUCCACCGACUCCCUGCAGUUAAUUACCUGCAGCGUUUUCGGCAACUUGCACGUUUGGGACCUGAAAACCGAGCCUGGAAAAGGAGACCAUAGGAAAGUGCCGCAGAUUUUCAAAACGAAAGAAAGGUUUGGCCGUCCAGCCUCAUUGGACAUGGGUUUGUCCCCCUAUUACAAACUGAACCGUUUUUGGAAACCAAUAUGUAAAAUGACAAUAAUGUACAAGAGCAUGCCAGUGCUGCUAACAGGGUUCAACCAAGCUGCGGCGGCACUUCCAGGGAAAUACGUCAGAGUUACACCUAGACAGCCGGGCGUUAAGGAAAUGCUGGAGGACCGGAUAGAAUAUAAAGCAGUUUACCCGGAGGUGGACGAUAUUCCUCAUGCAAUGUAUGUGUGCAAUUUGUUUGGGCAAGCAGGCACUGUUGUAUGGGAACCGACACAGGCUAAAACACCUGAAAAUAUGGACAGUGUCAUGAACGUGUACCACUACUGGGAUUCUUACCAUGACAGACCCAUCACUCGACUAUCCAAGCAUCCAUUCAUUCCUUCAGUGUGUCUAACUGUCGGAGGACAUGUGUUUGCCAUCUGGCACAUCGAGAAUAAGCCAUUUAAGAAUGUCAUCAUUGACUUGAUUGAGAUCAAUGUAUUAAGUGAUUAG